CGCUUUGCCAAUAAUAACACCCCGUCCUCUAAUUCCACUGGGUGGGCAUUUGCUCUUCGAUCUUCUAACUUUAUAAGUCAUUAAUUUGAGUAUUGAUCCAGCCAUUAAUGGUCAUUUCGUAUAUAUUUUCCUGAUCACUAGCCAGUUAUACUCAUUUCUCUCAGAAUCUAUCCGCUCACUGGCUUCUAGCUGUUCUUGAAUAACCAAUUGACUGAUGCGGCAAUCGAAGAAGGGCCGUCGCGUCCCAGCACACACUGCUCACUCAGCUCAUUCGCUUAACGCCAUUCCUAAUGGUAACCCACGCCGCAAACCCUUUGCCGACUUCUCUAGAUUCGUAGAUGAGCAACGCGGAAAAUAUAUCGAAGACUUUUCGGAAAAUAAUCUCAGCUUCGUUCCACUACCGGUUUUACGCAAAUAUUGGACAAGAGCACAAAUUAGCAAAGUUUUAAACGCUUCCCAACCACCGCUGUCUUUCAACAUCGAUAGUAUCCGAGAGAGCUACCUCCGAACGUUCUCCACACUUGUCUAUUGCGAACGAGUUGAGAACUUGGAAAGCUUCACCCAAUACAAUUUGAACGAUGACAAAUUGCCGCUGGAAAGACGCCCAGAGCAAUGGCCCAGAGCUGCUUAUUACGACAGCUUAUUUAGCCGUAUCUUCGAGGACCAGUGGCUCUUUUUCCCAUUGAUUUUCAGCCCCGCCAACUUGGAAGAUCGUUGCCUCGAUGAGCACCAGGUAUUACCGAUCGAAAAGUUAGAUAGGAUUUCCCACGACAGAAUCACAAAUGGGGAUGCAGCAAUUAUUCGGAAGAUGACCAUUUAUGAUUCAUGCAAUCAUCUCGUGCGACGGGAUGCUAGAGACCAACCGAUAACAAAUACGUUCGUAUUAAAAACAUACUACCGUUCAAGGUUCGAGAAGCUAUACGAAAAUGAAGUCAAAGCAUUGCGCACACUGAAGAACUCUUUCCCACAUAAUGUCAUCGCCUAUCACGGCUCGUUUCGCCAUGCGAAUUCUUUUAAUAUAAUACUCGAAUACGCUGAUGGGGGCGACCUCGCCGAGUUUCUUAAGACCACCGAGAACCCUAAAGGAGCAGAUAUUAAGCAAUUUUGGGGGAGCUUAUCUCAAUGCUUCCAAGGUUUACACUACAUCCACCACUUGAUAGAUGCUGGUGGAGGUAAUGUCAAUGGGAUCCACGAAGAUAUUAAACCCGAAAAUAUUCUACUCUUCAAAGGAUCAUCGGGCUCACCUUACGAUUUCACCCCCAAGAUUGCAGAUUUUGGGUUAUUUACACAUGUCAAAGAGUCGAGGGUGAAUAGUAAUGAAGCAAUGGGGCUUGAUAAAGUUGGAAAUCAGUUAUACAGUUCACCCGAGUGUAGUCAUCACGCUCCGUAUCAAGAGAACGCCCCGAACAUGAUUAACACUAGAGCCGAUAUUUUCUCAUUCGGUGCCGUGCUGAGUGACGUUUGCGCAUGGAUCAAAGGAGGUUCCGAUGAAAUAAAUCAAUACCAUAAAAGGAGAAAAGCAUAUCACCAAACCACCCGCGCAUUCCGCGAUAACGACUACGAGGGUUGCUUCCACGACGGUGUUGGUCGACUGCGUAUUGUCGACGAGACGCACGAUAGUAUUAUCGAGUACUGCCAAUCAAAUAAGGAUACUAUCACAUCUCGCAUCAUAAAAAUCAUAAACGAGCAUAUGUUACUCGCCAACGCCAACGAACGUUACAAUGCCAAGCAAUUGAUGGAAAAAUUCCAACAAGUCCUUGACACACCCGACUCCGAAACACUUGAUACACGGCCCGCCACACCAAUAUUGAAAGAUGAAAUAUCGCCUAAACAUCGAGGCCCGUCUUUAGCAGCUCUCGGAGAAAAUAUCACGAAGCGGCGGUCCGCCGCAGGCGACAACGCCAAGGAAGUUCGGAAGUCUAUCAAUUCGGACAUUCAAGAACUGGUAGACGACCUCAAGGUCAAUGUACCCGACAGACAUCACUUAUUCUUCAUUGACGACUCGACAUCGAUGAGAGACCACGCUAAAUCGGUCGAAAAUUCGUUUCCAGCACUACUACACCUUACUAGAAAGCUUGAGGGACGGAGAGUUGAGCUUUCCUUCGCAUCGGCUCCCAAGUGUCUUCGCCAUAGCCAUCGUUCCGGUAAAUUGACGAAGUUGGUGGCGCGGCAUAAAUACCGACGGGCGCCGGAUUUGAUGGAGAACUGCGUUGCACGUCUCGUCGAUGACGUGAUCUUUAAACGCCUACCGACCCGACUCUUUGGCAUGAAUCUUUCCAUGUUCUCUAGAAAACCUACCAGUAUAUACGUCUUCACCGAUGGCAAUUGGGGUGGUGGCGAUGAUGAAGAAGCUGCUUGCGGUGUGGAGCAGCCAAUGGCACGGCUUGCCAAAGAGUUGGAAUUGAGGAAAUUGGAUACGAACUAUAUUUCGUUCCACUUCGUGCGAUUCGGCGAUAAUGCUAACGGGAGGAGGCAUCUUGACUAUCUAGAUAGUUCAGGCUGGAAUCGUAACCGGGAUAACGUUGAUGUUAAGAGUGUCUCUAGCCCCGUUAAGUCAAUAGUUAUCGGGCCGUUGAGUCGGGCAAACGAUAGAGUAGAUGAGGAAGAACCCCGAUGGUAGAACGAGUACGAAGGAUACAUGUCUUACACACCAUCCCUAAUAAUAUCGCAAUGGACGUCAAUUCGCUGUGUCAUUGACGCUCAGGGAAAUAGGGCAAUGCAUUAUAAAUAUAUACCCGAAAAGUAUUAUAUAUGUCCAGGAGCCAUAUAUACCUGCACUUCAAUAUUGGAAGGCUAAAGGAGAAUUAUC